AUGAAAAUACUGGAUAUGAACAUUCUUGCGUUGAUUUGUUAUGAAACAUGUCUGGUGUUAGCUUGUCUAUUUGGAGAUACAUUUUUAAGUGUAAUGCCCAUGAAAACAGCCUCAGUCAAAAAACAGUCAAAUUCUACAGAGCCAUACAGGGAUACUGAUAAUUUUAAUUUGUGGAAAAGAUCCUUCGUAGACAGUUUAACUCAUGGACUUGUUGGUUUAUUUUCAUGGGCAAUUGUGAUAAAUUUUGUGUUCAAGGGGUUAGAUGUUGUUAGCUUGCUUAUGAGUUUUGUCGUUGCAGUUUCUAUAGAUUUGGACCAUUUCCUAGCUGCUAAAUCACUUUUUAUUCAGGAUGCUCUGAGUCUAUCUGAACGUCCACCAUUUCAUGCCUCCACUAUAGUAAUAAUACUAGCAGCAACUUGUUGGUUAAUAGGUUACAUUCUUCAUCUCCAUUGUAGUAAAAUAUUAGGACUUUUAUUUUUGUCAUCUGGAUUUUCACAUCAUAUAAGGGAUGGUUGGAGACGUGGGUUAUGGUUUCCACCAUUGGGCAGUACACAACCUAUUCCUUAUAAUUUAUAUAUUGUAUUAAUUCUGAUAUUACCCUUGUUUAUCAGAUAUCUGUAUAUUAAUACUAUUGUUGUUCAGAUUAAAUAGUCAUCAUACUUUU